CCCCCUUUCUCCCUCUGAAAUCCGAAAACGUCAUUAUUCUGCCAUGUGGAUGCGCACAGCAAGUAUGGCUUCGGUACGAGCAGCAGCAGGUUUCUUUGCAUUUCUUUUCUUUCUCGCUGUCCGCCUUCAUGCUAUGGACUGCAUGACAGUGAUCGUAGGAGACCAGGUUGAACUUCCUAUGAACUGCGAGUCGGGUGAGACGGGGACGCUGCAGCAGGACUUGGGGGAUGAAGGGCUCCGGGAGGUCGCUACUUACCAGAGCGAUCAGUGGAAGGUGAACAACGAGUACAGAGACUGGAUGAAGAGCAACUUAUCAAAGAUUGUUCUCACUGGCGUGCAGUUCACCGAUGGAGGGAUGUAUACUGUGAGCUGCUCCACGUCUGGCCGUAAGAGCGUCCAGCUGGAGGUCGUUUAUGCUGUUGAAAAGUCCGUCACCGAGGGUGACGACGCUACGCUCCAGUGUUACUAUAAAACCCAUAGAAAAAGAGACUUAACUGGUCGAUGGGAGAAAAACGGGAAACCUCUGUGUGUGAAGAACUCCAACUAUGAAGAAUGCAGUGACAGACUGAAUGUGUCCACUAACUGGAGCACUAACGGAAAUCUGUCACUGACCAUUGAGGGGGUUCAGCCUGAGGAUGGCGGGGAUUAUUUCUGCUACAUCGAAGUUGGGACUAAACGUUCUGGGACUCCAGCUGCUGUCAGACUGACCGUCACUGAGAAAAUGACCAGCACAGCAGCAACAGCACCACCUAGAAAUCAAACCCAGAGUUGCGCUGAACUCACUCGACCUUGGCAGAUCGCCACCUGGGUUCUCCUUGUGAUCCUGCUGCUUGUUGCUCUUGUUUUCCUUUAUUUUUGGUGCCGUGCCAAAAUACGCUGUGAUUCUGGAAAACUUUACAAGCUAGUACACAGAAGAUGCCAUGCUUCCAACUCCAGUCAACCUACAAAUGGUUAAAUAGCUCAGAUUACUUAUUUAUUCGUCAUUG